CUCUCUACUUUCUCUCUCUACUCUCCUCGAUCGUACGCUCGCGAAGAAGAUGGUCUCCGCCGACGCAGUUCGCAACGUCGUCGGCAUCAUCGGCAACGUGAUCUCCUUCGGAUUGUUCCUCUCCCCCGUGCCUACGUUCGCGAAGAUAUGCAAGAGGAGAGCGGUGGAGGAGUUCUCGCCCAUCCCCUACCUCGCGACGCUCCUCAAUUGCAUGCUCUGGGUGUUCUACGGCAUCCCCGUCGUGCACCCCCACAGCAUCCUCGUCGUCACCAUUAAUGGCGUCGGCUUCGUCCUCGAGUCCUUCUACAUCCUCAUCUUCCUCGCCUUCUCCCCCAAUCGACUGCGCUUGAAGGUGGUGGGGAUACUAGCUGCGGAGCUGCUGUUCAUGGCGGGGGUGAUUACUGGGGUGAUGGUGGGUGCGCAAACCCACGAGAAGAGGUCGCUCAUCGUGGGGGUGCUCUGCGUCAUCUUCGGCACGUGCAUGUACGCCUCCCCCUUGUCCAUCAUGAAACUCGUAAUCCAAACCAAGAGCGUGAAGUACAUGCCUUUCUUCCUCUCUUUGGUCAGCUUCCUCAACGGCGUCUGCUGGACGAUCUAUGCCUUCAUCCGCUUUGACAUCUUCGUUACGAUUCCGAACGGGCUCGGCGCGCUGCUCGGCCUGGCUCAGCUGAUCUUGUACUUGUGCUACUUCCGAUCCACACCCCGCGACGAGAACAAGCCGGACGCGCAGCCACCAGCCGUGACCUCUGCAGUCGCGCCAAGUGCUACUCGAGAAGAAGACGAUGGUCUCCGCCGACAACGUCAAGAUGGUCUCCACCGACAAUGUCGUCAGCAUCAUUGGCAACUUGAUCUCCGUCGCCUUGUUCCUCAGCCCCCUGUAAGCGCUUGGCCCCAAACCCCCCGAAUCGAACGAUCCGGACGCGCUCGGCGAAUUAGGGAGGCGAUCGUGUUGAUUGAAUUCGAUGUGCGCGUGUGUGUUGCUUUUCUUUGUAUAUGUAGCCCGACGAUCGCGAAGAUACGGAGGAGGCGAGCGGUGGAGGAGUUCUCGCCCAAACCCUACCUCGUGACGCUCUUCAAUUGCAUGCUCUGGAUGUUCUACAGCCUCCCCCCCGUGCACCCCAGCACCCUCGUCGCCGUCUUCGAUGGCGUCGGCGUCGUCCUCGAGCUCUUCUACAUCUGCAUCUUCAUCUACUUCGCCGACAAUCGAAUGCGCUGGAUGUUGGGAGGGAUAGUAGCUGCGGAGUUGUCGUCCAUGGCGGGGAUCGCUGCUGGGGUGAUUCUGGGUGUGCGUGAGGCCGAGACGAGGUCGUUUAUCGUUGGGGUGGGCUGCGUCAUCUGCGGCGUGGCCAUGAACGCCGCCCCCUUCUCCACCAUGAAACUCGUAAUCCAAACCAGGAGUGUGGAGUACAUGCCUUUUUUCGUCUGCUUGGCCGGCUUCCUCAACAGCGUCUGCUGGACGAUCUACGGCUUCCUCACCUCCAACAUCUUCCUUAUUAUUCCGAAUGGGCUCGGCAUACUGGUCGGCCUGGCUCAGCUGAUCUUGUACUUCUGGUACCGCAAAUCCACGCCCCGCCGCGAUAACGAGCCGAGUAUUAGUGACCCCUUCUUGCCACCAUCACAGCAGACAGACAGAACGUCGGAGCCGGCCGCGACCUCCACAGGUGAGCCGAGUACUAGUAGCCCCCUCUCGCAACCACCACAGCAGAGAGACAGAUCGUCGGAGCCGGCCGCGACCUCCGCAGACCAGCCGAGUACUAGUAGGCCCCUCUCGCCACCACCACAGCAGACAGACAGAUCGUCGGAGCCGGCCGCGACCACCGCAGACCAGCCGAGUACUAGUAGCCCCCUCUCGCCACCAUCACAGCUGAUAGAUAUAUCAUCGGAGCAGGCCGCGACCUCCGCAGACCAGCCGAGUACUCGUAACGCCCUCUCGACACCAUCACAGCAGACAGAUCAUGAUAUAUCAUCGGAUCGGGCUGUGAUGUCCGCAAUCCAGCCGAGCACUAGCAUCGCCCUCUUGCCACCAUCACCGCUGCAGAUAUACACGCACCCGAUAGCAUAUAUUCAAAUCGAGUGUUCUCUUCUCUUUUCUCUUCUUUUUUCUCUACUUCUUUCUUCUCUCUUAAUUCUUCUACUUUCUUUAACACCUACCUGGUUCGGUCUACAAUCACCGAACUAG